CCGGAAGUUGCCGGUAGGAAGCUGAGCGCGCGGCUCGGCGCGGUCCCUGGCUGUUCUGCAGCGUAGUGUAGGGCUAGGAGCGCCCGCUGGGAGGUAGCAUCUGGGCCGGGACUCGGGGCGCGCGUUUACGUGCGCAGCGCGGACCGGGAUCUAGUGAAGAUGGCGGGGCCGCAGCCUUUGGCCCUGCAGCUGGAGCAGUUGUUGAACCCACGACCGCGCGAGGCGGAUCCUGAGGCCGACCCAGAGGAGGCUACAGCUGCCAGAGUGAUUGACAGGUUUGAUGAAGGGGAAGAUGGGGAAGGUGAUUUCCUGGCAAUGGGUAGCAUUAGAAAACUGGCAUCCACCUCCUUCUUGGACACAGACAGGAGGUAUUCUGGCAAGACCACCUCUAGAAAAGCUUGGAAGGAAGACCACUGGGAGCAGACUCUGCCAGGUUUGUCUGACCAGGAAAUAUCUGAUGGGGAAGGGUCUGGAGAUGGAGAUUCAGAGGCUCUGGGCCUAGAGGAAUCCGAUGAGGAUGACUUGAGUGGUGCUGAGGAACAGGAUGCUGAUGAUGAGGGGAGCAGUGCGGCCUGGAAGAAAGGCGGAAGCCACUCUGCAAAUGCACCAGGUUUUAGUUGCCAGAGCAUCAGUGACUUUGAGAAAUUUACUGAGGGAAUGGAUGACCUUGGGAGCAGUGAGGAGGAAGAUGGAGAAGAAGAGAGUGGCGUGGAAGAAGAGGGUGGUGAGGAAGACAGGGCCGGAGACAGGCACAGUGAAGAUGAUGGUGUGGUGAUGACCUUCUCCAGCACCAGGGUUUCCGAGGAAGUGGAGAAGGGAAGAGCUGUGAAGAACCAGAUAGCACUAUGGGACCAGCUCUUGGAAGGAAGGAUCAAACUACAAAAAGCUCUGUUGACCACCAAUCAGCUGCCUCAACCAGAUGUUUUCCCUGUUUUCAAGGACAGAGGUGGCCCAGAAUUUGUCAGUGCCCUGAAAAACAGUCACAAGGCACUUAAAGCAUUGUUGAGGUCAUUGGUAGAUCUUCAGGAAGAGUUGCUUUUCCAGUAUCCAGACACUAGAUAUCUAGUAGAUACAACGAAGCCAAAAGAGGAAAGUGAGGAGAUUUCUAGUGAAGAUGAUGAACCAGUAGAUAAAAAGCAGAAGAGGAGGGCGCCACCAAAGAGGAAGCUGGAGAUGGAUGCCUACCCUAGCUUCAUGGCAAAGCGCUUUGCUGACUUUACCGUCUAUAGGAACCGCAUGCUGCAGAAGUGGCAUGACAAAACGAAACUGGCUUCUGGAAAGCUGGGCAAGGGUUUUGGUGCCUUUGAACACUCAAUCUUGACUCAGAUUGAUCACAUUUUGAUGGACAAAGAAAGAUUACUUCGAAGGACACAGACCAAGCGCUCUGUCUACCGAGUUCUUGGCAAACCUGAACCAGUAGCUCCGCCUGUCCCAGAGAGUUUUCCAGGAGAACCGGAGAUCCUUCCGCAAGUCCCUGCCAAUGCUCAUUUGAAAGACUUGGAUGAAGAAAUCUUUGAUGAUGAUGACUUUUACCAUCAGCUUCUUCGAGAACUCAUAGAACGGAAGACCAGCUCCUUGGAUCCCAAUGAUCAGGUGGCCAUGGGAAGGCAGUGGCUUGCAAUCCAGAAGCUACGAAGCAAAAUCCACAAGAAAGUAGAUAGGAAAGCCAGCAAAGGAAGAAAACUUCGGUUUCAUGUCCUUAACAAGCUCCUGAGCUUCAUGGCACCUAUUGACCAUACUACAAUGAAUGAUGAUGCCAGGACAGAGCUGUAUCGAUCUCUUUUUGGGCAGCUCAACCCUCCAGCCACAAGCCCUGGGGAGUGACAUUGCCUGUUCCCCUGCCGCAGGACUCUUGACACCAUCCUGACCAGACCCGACGGAGGCAGCCCUGACCUGACGGGGACAGGAGUGCCUAGUACGUGCACCAGCACUGCCUCCUCCCAUGUCCUUUCUCCAUCACGAAUAAAGAGUAUUUCACUGCCA